AUGGAAAAUGCCGGGCGCAGAAAGUUCUUAUGAUCGGGCGGAGGCUGCGGACCGCUCAUCCGUUCUCUUUUUCACUCCGAAUACCGAUCAUUUCUCUGCACAAUACCCACUACCACUAACCCGUUCAUCCAUGAUCAAAAGGCGCGCCAUACAAGAAGCUCGACCAACAGUCUCUUUCUACUAUGCCACUAUUGGUUAAAGUAUUAGAUGAGUUAACCUAAUCUAGAAUAGUGACACAUUGGCUUCAAAAUACCUCGAAGUGGUGAGGACCGACAGCGACACAUGGUCCAACUGGCUUUGGGUAUUCGGGGAUUAUCAUUACGAGGAUGAUGGGAGAAUUCUGGACAUGAGUCAGGAGCCAACCAGUAGGAUGCCAUCAAUAAAUUGUACGCAACAAAUUCAUCCGACCACGGGCUCUCUACCUCCCAGACCUCGCGAAGAUGGAUUCCGAACUGCAGGCAAAACCGCGCCAAACGCCUCUUCCUAUGGGGCAACUCUCCCUCAUUCUUAUGAUACAAUCAUCUGAUCCAAUCGCCUCCACCGUCAUCUACCCUUUCAUCGCACAACUCAUCCGCAGUACCGGGGUCACCAAAGGGGAUGAGGCAAGGGUUGGGUAUUACGCUGGAAUGAUAGAAUCAAUCUUCUUCCUAUCUGAAGGGCGUCCGAUUCUAUUGUGGGCGCCGCUCGGAUUAGCGGUUGCAAUGUUAGGUUUUGGACUUUCAAGGACAUUUUGGCUUUUGGUGUUCUGGCGCGCGGUUCAGGGUGUGUUCAAUGGCAAUAUCGGCGUGGCGAGGACUGCAAUGGCUGAGAUCACCGACUCAACUAACAUCGCCGACGCUUAUAUGCUCUUCCCCAUAGUAUGGCAGAUCGGGGUCACUCUUGGUCCUGCAAUCGGCGGGCUGCUAUCCGAGCCUGCUUCGAAUUGGCCGCGUUUAUUUGGCGGGGUCGGACUCUUUGUGGAUUACCCCUACUUCUUACCCUGUCUCGUGCCAGGUGUCUAUGCCCUCGUCGUCUUUUUCAGCUGCUGGUUUGGCUUGAAGGAGACACAUCCGUCGUUUAGGAAAAAAACCAAGGCUGAUGACUCCGAAGACGCCUCUCGGACUCCCCUCCUUUCUGAAACCGAUGACUCGGUAUACGACGCGACGAGGCAAUCGUCGACAGAGUCGACGCAUCCAUCCGCACCCCCACCAGUCUCCAUCUUCAAUCCGAAUCUCAACAUUGUCCUUGCAAACUACUUCUUCCUGGCAUUCACCGACAUGUCAUAUGUCGUCCUUAUUCCCAUAUUUUACUCUACUUCCAACUCAAUGGGUGGGCUCGGCUUCUCUGCAAAGACUAUCGGAACGACCUUGGCUGUCUACAAUUUCGGGAACGCCUUCGUUCAGAUCACUAUCAUGAAGCGGGUUUUAAAGUGGUUGGGCCCAAGGAGGCUCUAUCAAUUCGCGUACUCCAUGUCGAUGGUUCCAUUCGUGAUGAUGAUGUGCCAACAGAUGCUCGUUAGCUGGUACGGAAAGGUUACUCUCGGGGUAUGGGUGGCGAUAGUUUUGCAGUUUUCUGCAGCGUCGGUGAGCAACGUGUCGUAUGCAUGUAUACAGCUUUUACACGUCGAGGCGGCGACUCCGGGAACGCUCGGUGCUGUGAAUGGGUUUUCCCAGACUGCGGCAUCGGCGAUUCGGACGGUUGCUCCUACUUUGGCGUCGUCGUUGUUUGCGUUGUCAUUGCAGUCUGGGGUUCUUGGCGGGUAUUUGGUCUACGCUGUGAUACUCCCGGUGACCCUGGUUGGGUCGGGCUGUGCUACAAGGCUUCCUAGUCACUUGUCUUGAAGCGAGACAAUGCCUGACGGAGGGUAGUGCAUUUGUUGCCUAUUGAACAUGAUAUGAUUUCCCUACGCAUUUCGUACAUCAGUCCACUAUAAAAUUUGCCUCAUAUGCCUUGAGCAAUCGAGGGGCAUGCCCAUCAACUCGAGACGGGAAAGGUUCUGCUUCUUCGACCGAGCGACGAGGGACUGAAAUACAUCUUGGAUCCAUUUACCAACGAAGUAUGGUUCAGAGAGGGAGGGGCCUAUAUAGCGAAACGUUGGGCUGACUCAUGGCAAUGUAAAAUACAGGAGCUCGAGGCCCUUUCGAGAUUGGCGUUGAGAAAAAUGUAUACUGGCCAACGUGGGGAUCGAACCCAAGACCUUCGCG